AUCCGACCGCUUCACCAGAUGGCCUGUUCCAUCGUCUUCCUGUCAUUUGCUUGGGUGUAGUUGUCAGCAGAUUGCAAAAUCACCCAUAGCUGUGUGUGUGCGUGCGUAUGUAAGCGACUGUUGUCAUUUCAGCUUCAUAAACUGUUUUGUCAGCCACUGAAACCAAUCGCUCGAACUAGCAAAACAGCGUACUCUUCUUCUCGAUUUACGCCCGAUAAGUCUCGUUUUUCGUCAAAAUGACUGUGGUGGAUCCGGCUCGUGAAAAGGCGCUGGAAGAUUACAGGAAAAAGCUGCUGGAACACAAAGAGGUAGAAUCUCGGCUGAAGGAAGUAAGGGAAACUUUAAAAGAGCUCACGAAACAAUUCGAUAAAUCGGAAAACGAUUUGAAGGCGCUGCAAAGCGUUGGCCAGAUUGUUGGUGAAGUGUUGAAGCAGCUGACGGAAGACAAAUUCAUCGUAAAAGCGACCAACGGUCCACGAUACGUUGUAGGAUGUCGCCGGCAGCUGGACAAAACCAAGCUCAAAUCGGGCACGCGCGUAGCACUGGAUAUGACUACACUGACCAUUAUGCGCUACCUUCCGCGAGAGGUUGACCCACUGGUGUACAACAUGUCGCACGAAGACCCCGGUGAAGUGACCUACUCCGCCAUCGGUGGUCUGUCGGAGCAGAUUCGCGAGCUUCGGGAGGUCAUCGAACUGCCACUGCUUAACCCGGAACUGUUCCUCCGUGUCGGUAUUACGCCGCCGAAGGGUUGUCUGCUGUACGGUCCACCCGGUACGGGCAAAACCCUGCUGGCCCGUGCUGUCGCUUCCCAGCUCGACGCAAACUUCCUGAAGGUCGUAUCGUCGGCCAUCGUCGACAAGUACAUCGGCGAAUCGGCCCGUCUUAUUCGCGAGAUGUUCAACUAUGCGCGCGACCACCAACCGUGCAUUAUCUUCAUGGACGAAAUCGAUGCCAUCGGCGGUCGCCGUUUCUCCGAAGGUACGUCCGCCGAUCGUGAAAUCCAGCGUACGCUCAUGGAGCUGCUCAAUCAGAUGGAUGGGUUCGAUUCGCUCGGACAGGUGAAGAUGAUUAUGGCCACCAACCGGCCCGACACGCUCGAUCCGGCCCUGCUCCGCCCCGGUCGUUUAGAUAGGAAGAUCGAAAUUCCGCUACCGAACGAGCAGGCACGGUUGGAAAUUUUGAAAAUUCACGCUGCCCCAAUCGCCAAGCACGGUGACAUCGAUUACGAAGCGGUAGUGAAGCUGUCGGACAACUUUAACGGAGCCGAUUUGCGUAACGUGUGUACCGAGGCGGGACUGUUUGCGAUCCGUGCCGAGCGCGAGUAUGUCAUACAGGAAGAUUUUAUGAAGGCGGUCCGCAAGGUGGCGGAUAACAAGCGGCUGGAAAGCAAGCUGGACUACAAACCGGUAUAAUUAGCUGUCCGUGCUGCCGUGCGUAGACUGGCGAAUCGGCAAGGAAAAAGCGUCGCCUUGAUCGCACCUUUCUUUCUGGUUUCCGUUCACAGCUACAAUUUUCGUAUCAUUAAAUCAUUUAAGUCGCGUAAUAAAACCAACAAAACGUAUCCUGCUCGUGUAA